AUGCCACCAGCCUUUCCGCACCUUACCGACGCUGAAUUCGAACAAGGCUGCGAUGAUCUGGUGCGCAGGUUCCACCAGAGGCGCAGCAUGCAGAAAGAGUGGCUGUCUGUGGAGAAGAUGCACCGAAAUGGGUCCGUGGUGCUCACCAUCACCAAACACCUUACGCGAGACACAGAUGCCGCCACCACGGGCAAAGACGCCGUGGAAGAGGACGACGUGGCCGAGGACGACGAGGGCGCUCUUCACGAGCCUCGAGGGCCCGUCGCGAUCAUCCAAUACGACGUCAUCCGUUCUCCAAUCUACCAGGUCCCUGUGCUGUAUUUCGGCAUUCAUGACCCGGAGCAUCGGUAUCCGCCCACAAUGACGACUCUGUAUGAGCAUCUUGUCUCGCCCCAUUUCAGGCCCCAGGCGCAGAAUGCAGGCGUCAUUGGAGGCAUCACAAUCGCAAACCACCCAGUAACCGACAGACCGCAAUUCUUCAUCCACCCUUGUCAAACUGCCCAAGUCAUGGAAGCGAGUGUCCCUAGUCAGACGACAGCCGAACAAUAUCUCAUAGCCUGGAUCGGCGCCGUGGGCAAGAGUGUAGGCCUGAAUUUACCCUUGGCACUCGCCAAA